CUCUUACAAAAUCCAGCAAGGUUUUCCUUCUCAGAAAGGUCUCCACAGCGUAUGACCUCAGUCUCCUUUGUAUCCUACUCCACUCCAGGACUAUGCCAAUCUGUGGCCAUGCUCCCACCAGCUGGUCACCUCCUGUCCCUGCUGCUGGUGAUAGGCACGGGGGGUACUGUGCCCAGCCCCCGGCUGGCUCCCCAGGGCUGCUACGUGGCAGAAGAAGCUGGGGAGCGGACAUUCCGCUGCAGCCAGGCAGGCCUGAGGGCUGUGCCCACCGGCAUCCCUAACGACACCCGCAAGCUCUACCUGGAUGCCAACCGGCUGGCGUCCGUGCCGGCUGGGGCCUUCCAGCACCUGCCUGUCCUGGAGGAGCUGGAUCUAUCCCAUAAUGUCCUUGCCCACCUCUCAGGGGCCGCUUUCCAGGGCCUGGCGGGCACGCUGCGCCACCUCGACCUCUCUGCCAACCAGCUGGCCUCGGUGCCCGUGGAGGCCUUUGUGGGGCUGCAGAUCCAAGUGAACCUGUCUGCCAACCCGUGGCGCUGCGACUGUGCCCUCCAGGAGGUGCUUCAGCGGGUGAGGCUGGCACCGGGCACUGGGACGGGCAUCGUCUGUGGCCCAGGAUCCCGAUCAGACCUCGUGGGGCAGGAGUUCCUGCCGCUGGUUGGGGAGGAAGAGCUGUGUGGGACGGGGCGGGGCGGGGCCCGGCACAGCACCGACGUGGCCCUGCUGGUCACCAUGGGGGGCUGGCUGGUGCUGGUGGUGGCUUAUCUGGCCCAGUACGUGUGGCAGAACCGGGAUGGGACCCGACGUCCCCUCAAGCGGGCCCCCGCGCUGCCUGUGCCCUCUGAGGACUCCUCUACCCUCAGCACAGUGGUCUGA